CACCCUCUAGUUCACAACACCAAAAACAAAACCACAGCUAGCCAAUUUAGCAUUCAUUCUUAUCUCAUCAUCUUAUAGUUGAUCCAAUAAACAUGGCCGCCAUCACCACCACAGUGCCUCAAGUAGUUCUCCAAUCCUCCACCGGGCAACGGAGGAUGCCGGUGAUGGGGCUCGGCACCGCGCCGGAAGCAGCCAGUAAGGUUAGCACAAAAGAUGCAGUCCUUGAGGCCAUCAAGCAGGGUUACAGGCAUUUUGAUGCUGCUGCUGCAUAUGGAGUUGAGAAGUCUGUUGGAGAAGCCAUUGCAGAAGCACUUCAACUUGGACUCAUUGCUUCCAGAGAUGAACUCUUUGUUACUUCCAAACUGUGGGUCACUGACAACCAUCCUCAUCUCAUUGUUCCUGCUCUUCAGAAAUCUCUAAGGACACUUCAACUUGAAUACUUAGACCUCUUUUUGAUCCACUGGCCUAUUACUACUCAACCAGGAGGAGUCAAAUACCCAAUUGAAGUAUCAGAGAUUGUGGAAUUUGACAUGAAGGGUGUGUGGUCAUCCAUGGAGGAAUGCCAGAGACUUGGACUCACCAAGGCCAUUGGAAUCAGCAACUUCUCUAUCAAGAAGCUUGAAAAAUUGCUCUCUUUUGCUACCAUCACACCUGCAGUCAAUCAAGUGGAAGUUAACCUUGGUUGGCAACAAGUGAAACUUAGAGAGUUUUGCAAGGAAAAGGGUAUUGUCAUAACUGCUUUCUCACCACUGAGGAAGGGUGCAAGCAGGGGAGAAAAUCUAGUGAUGGACAAUGACAUACUCAAAGAAUUGGCAGAUGCUCAUGGCAAGACUAUAGCUCAGAUUUGUCUUCGAUGGUUAUAUGAACAAGGAUUAACUUUUGUGGCCAAGAGCUAUGACAAGGAGAGGAUGAACCAGAACUUGCAGAUCUUUGAUUGGUCAUUGACUGAGGAUGAUUACAAGAAAAUCAGUGAAAUCCAUCAAGAUAGGCUCAUCAAAGGACCAACCAAGCCUCUUCUUAAUGAUCUCUGGGAUGAGGAAUGAAUGGACACUCAACCUAUAUUUCAAUACUUUGUCUUUUUUUUGGUGGUGGAUAUUGCUACUUCCUCUGAAUAAAGGUGUAAAAGUUCUGAAUUGACUUUGCACAUUUCAUAAUGUAAUUUUCAGUAAUCUAUGUUUUGAUUCUAAACGAUGUAGAAUUUCUCAAAUAACCAAUUGUAAUUUGAUUGAGUCUUCCUACUUAA